ACCUGCCGCCGGGGUCCGGAGCUGGGUCCCUCCUCCUCAUGCGGUGGUUGUUACUCUAGCUGCGGGGCCCUCGCGAGGGUGAUGGAUUUUGAGAAUCUUUUCUCCAAACCCCCCAACCCGGCCCUGGGUAAAAAACCGACCACGGACUUUGAUGAAAGAAUCGAUGAUGGAAUAGAUGAUGCAGAAGUUGAGGAAACACAAGAAGAGAAAAGAAAAACACAAGAAGAGAAGAUAAAAUGGGAAGUAAAACUGGAAUGUGAGCAAAUACCCAAAAAAUUUAGGCACUUUGGGAACUCCACAACAUCUCCAAAGAAUUUGCAAUAUAGAAAAUCAAGAAGUAAGGACUAUGAUGUGUAUAGUGAUAAUGAAACCUGCAGUCAGGAAUCAGAAGAUAAUUUUGCUAAAGAACUUCAGCAGUAUAUACAAGCUAAAGAAAUGGCAAAUGCUGCUCAAUCCUUACCAUUUCCUGAAGAAUCAAUGAAGAAAGAGGGAGUGAAGGAUACCCAGAAAGCUGUUAAACAAAAAAAUAAAAACCCAAAAGCUGCCCAGAAGAAUGGUAAACAGAAGAAAAUGAAGCGAAAACGGGCUGGCGCGGGCCAGAAAGGAUCCAACGCUUCCUUGCGGAACAGAAGCUCACAGGAACAGGAUGAUAAACCUAAGGAGAAGCAGCCACGUGUGAGAAUGAGUCAGGGAUUCAUCAACCAACAUACAGUGGAACGGAAGGGGAAACAAAUUUGUAAAUAUUUUCUUGAAAGAAAAUGUAUUAAGGGAGACCAGUGUAAAUUUGAUCAUGAUGCCGAGAUAGAGAAGAAAAAGGAAAUGUGUAAAUUUUAUGUACAAGGAUAUUGUACCAGAGGUGAAAACUGCCUAUAUUUGCAUAAUGAAUAUCCUUGCAAGUUUUACCAUACAGGAACAAAGUGUUAUCAGGGUGAAUAUUGCAAGUUUUCACAUUCUCCACUGACUCCUGAAACACAAGAAUUGUUGGCCAAAGUUUUGGAUACUGAAAAGAAGUCGUCAUGAAA